AUGAUCCUCUUAUUGAUAUCCGUUUUCGGGUUGGCUGCGGUGAAUUCCGACAUAUUACAUCUCAAGGAAGGAGCCGAGUGUAAAACUCUUGAUGGAAGCCGAGGCACUUGCACCCAAAGAAGCCAAUGCCUGACCAUCGAAGACAUCAUGAGGGUCCGCUCCGUAAUCUGUUCCUUUAAAGGCUUUGAACUGAUCAUAUGCUGUCCCCCCAAGGUAACAGCAAGGGUUAUCCAGGGGAACAAGGUAGAGCAAUAUUGUACGCAAUUGAAUCAUCGAUACCAAAAUAUCCAGGAAGUCAAUAAGGUGUUGGGUGGUAGAGAGUCUGCACCCAGGACACAUACUUAUAUGGUUCUGAUCGGUUACAAAACAACGAAGGAGUGGAGAUGUGGUGGAACUCUAAUUACAGAAAGCUAUGUCUUGAGUGCAGCUCAUUGUUCUCAUCCCUAUGAAUUGGGUCCUGCCAGAUGGGCCAGAUUAGGAGAAUUAGACAUCAGUUCCUCUUCGGACGACGCUAAACCAGUCGACAGGACUAUCGACAAGAGAAUUCCAUACCCGAGUUACAAAGCAAGCCAACCGUAUCAUGAUAUCGCCCUCUUCAAAUUGGAUAGCGCUGUUGUUUUCAGUACAUAUAUAUAUCCAAUUUGUCUUCAUACUAAUCGAGAUAUAACCUCAAAGAUUGCUACAGCCAUGGGUUGGGGAAGGACCAGCGGUAGAGGAUCCACUAGCAAGAAGCUUCUUGAAGUAAAUAUAGACGUCUACAAUGACACGGAAUGUAUGAGAUUUAUGCACAGCGGCUGGGUUAGAAUCUUGUUUCGUUGGGAUUCUGACGCUGAUCAGAUAAUUUGCGCAGGACUGCCUGAUGGAAGCAAGGAUACCUGCGAGGGUGAUUCUGGUGGCCCGCUAGCUGUACUAGAUCCAGGUAAGCGUAUCAGGACUCAAAUAGGGAUAACAUCUUUUGGAAAGCAAUGCGGAAAUAAGGAUUAUCCAGACUCUCCCGGAGUAUACACAAGGGUCUCGAAUUACAUUUCCUGGAUAGAGGAAGUAGCUUUCGGGGAUGGAAACAUAUCUUAG